AUGGCUUCUCUCCCGGCGUCCAUCCAAUGCGCCACACUGCCAUCAGGCCGCAAGAUCACCCACUCUGUCCAUGAAAAAUCACCAAACGACCCAUGGAUCAUCUUAUCAAACAGCUUCGGCACAGACAUCAGUCUUUCCGAACCUAUUGCGGAACGACUUGCUGCCUCAGGCUUCAGUGUUCUAAGCUAUGAUCAUCCUGGCCAUGGACGGAGCAGUGCGCCGGAAAACGUUAGUAACGUGAGCUUUGAUGAAAUGAUCGAUGGUAUCGACGAACUACUACGCGUCAUGAGAAUUGAUUCCAUUCGUGCCUGGAUCGGCUUAUCACUCGGCGCAGCCAGCGGAGUCUACAUGGCACGUCGACGUCCAGGACUUAUUCAGAACUUGAUCUACUGCGGCUGUCCGCCCGGGUCGCUAAGCGCACUUGGUAUAAUGUCACUCGAGCAGAUUGACAAAAUGCGUGAUGAGGCUGAGAAAGAUGGAUCUACAACCAACGCCAUCCGCCACAUGCAUUACGGCUGGGCAAGUAAGGAAUGGCUCGAUGCGAACCCAGACCAGGAUGAGAGGCUUAAGGUCGCCAGUUCUACAUUGAGCAUGGAUGCAUGGCGAGCAAAGAUGACAUUACAGAAGAAUAACGACUUUGAUAUGCGGCCUAUGGUUCCUGACUUGAUGGCGAAUGAUAUGAAGAUCAUGCUUGUUAAGGGAGAGAAUGAUGCGAGGAUUAAUCCGUUUGUUGACAUGAUGAGUGAGAAUGUUACCAAGGUUGCGAAGGAUAAGGGGAUGGAGGGGAAUGUUAAGGUUGUUAUUAUGCCUGGUGCGGGACAUGUCAUGUUUCUGCAGAAUGAGGAUUACUUCUGCAAUACUAUUGUAGAUUUUAUCUUUUAG